AUGACAUCUCAUUUUUUUUUUUGGUAGAAACUAUGGCAUCUCAUUUUAAUAUGAUGAUAAAGGAUUUAUUUCAAAUGCUUAAUAAAAAAAGGAUUUAUUUCAAUACAAUGUUCCAGCAUUUAUUUAUUUCGUCUUCUUUAAUCUUUAGUAAAAGAAUCAAACUUCCGGUCUUCCUGGCGUAGUAAGUACCUUAACCCCCAAAUCGACAUAACCUAACCCUAACUCCAAAUCAAUAUAACAAUGUUCUUGACCUAAUCGAUGUGAAAGAAAGAGAAUCUCUCUCAAACAAUUUCUUGGUUGGCAAAGAAAAGGAAAAACAACAAUGGCUUCAUCCAGUCAAUCAAACAGAAGAAAAACAAUACUUGCUGAUUUACAUUUACCCCUUGAAUGCUGGGAAUGUAUCAUCAGUUUCCUCGUUGACCACAAUCGCAGUUUGGAAUCACUCUCCCUUGUGUCCAAACAGUUCCUCUUCAUCACUAACCGUCUCCGAUUCUCUUUCACAAUUUGUCUUCAAACCUUCCCCUUUCUUCCUAUUCUAUUACGUAGAUUCACCAACCUCACCUCCCUCAACCUCUCAGGCUUCCGCGGUAAUCUCAAUAGGCUUCUCCGCAAAAUCUGUCGUUUCCCAUUGAAACUUACAUCACUCAAUCUAUCAAACCAAUGCAGGAUUCCUGCAAAUGGGUUGCGAGCUUUUUCCAAAAAGAUUACAACUUUGACCACUCUCACUUGUUCCAAUACGAGUUUUAUCUGUAGCACUGACAUUUCCCUAAUUUCCGAUUGUUUCCCUUUACUUGAAGUCCUCGACCUCAGUGACCCACACUUCUGCGAAUACGAGGAGGCAGAGCCUCUUUUAUCCACACUUUUUAAACUCCGCAAGGUUAAUCUCUCUCGUCAUCAUUACAUUGACGACAAAUUGAUUUUCCAAUUGUUCAAAAACUGUAAGCUUCUCGAAGAGGCUAUCAUGUUGUUCUGUUAUCGCAUAACCUUUGAUGGUAUUGCUUCUGCUCUCCGCCAGAGACCAGCAUUGAGGUCUUUAUCCUUUUCCAUUACUUACGGACAAGCCAACCAGGAAUACAAUGAAUCUUACAUUACUUCACAAUUCAUUGCCUCCUUGGUUAGUUUGAAGUAUUUGACUUGUCUUGAUUUGUUAUCUUCAAAUAUUUUCAAUGAAUUGCUCUUCUCUAUUGCAAAUGAAGGUCUACCUUUGAAGAGACUUGUUCUUCAAAAUUGCGCCGGCUAUACUUAUUCUGGAAUCUUUUAUUUGUUAUCCAAGUGUCAACAUUGCCAACAUUUAGAUCUUCAAAAUGCUGUUUUUCUGACUGAUAAACAUGUUGUGGAGCUGUCUUUAUAUCUGGGUGAUUUGGUAUCUAUAAACUUGUCUCAUUGUUCAUUACUCACAGUAUCUGCCUUCUUUGCACUCAUUAAGAGUUGUCCUUCACUCAGUGAUAUCAAAAUGGAAAACACAAGUAUUGGGAAAAAGAGUCUAGAGAGUUCUAAAUCUUUGAUGGAUUUUACUUCACGCCCUCAGUUGAAGUAUCUGCAUUUGGCUCACAAUCCGUGGUUAACAGAUGAAAACAUCAUAAUGUUUGCUUCCAUUUCCCCCAAUUUACUGCUGUUUGAUUUGAGUGGUUGCUGUGGCAUAGGAGAAGGUGUUGCUCAAGUGUUAAGGAUGUGUUGUAACAUUAGACAUUUGAACUUAUCCCGCUGUUCAAGAGUGAAGCUACUUGAAAUGAACUUUAAAGUUCCCAAAUUGGAGGUGCUGAACUUAUCAUAUACAAAUGUUGAUGACGAAACACUUUAUAUGAUCUCAAAGAGUUGCCGUGGGCUAUUGCAACUAUCACUGAAAUGUUGUAUUGUUGUCACAGAAAUCGGAGUGAAGCUUGUGGUAGAAAACUGCACGCAACUCAGAGAGAUUGAGUGUUAUGGUAUCAAUAUAGAAGAAAGAAAACUGUUAACAAUCAAUUUGAGAUCAUUACAUCGAGUAAGAUGGUUGUCAUAAAGUGCAUACUAAUAUUGUUGUCUCAAUUGUAUUUUCAAGGUCAUCAUUGAAAAAGAAAUCAAGUUUUUUGUUCAAUGACAUAAAGAAGAAAUACUUCUUGCGUCAUGGAUGCCUUGUUUGCUAGCAUUCUUAAAGUGUUAUGCUGAAGGUUGGGCUCUAAAAUGUAAAUGUUUUUGUUUUCGGAGUCAAUUAUGUUAUUUCGUUUCUGACAAAAAUUACAAUCAUUAACAUGUAUACUUUUUGUUCCGGUUUUCUUCACUUCCUUAAUAGCAACUCUAGAAUGUUGUAAUG